AUGUCAAGCAAUAGUACAAACGUAGUUGGAGUCCAUUACAAAGUGGGUAGAAAAUUGGGAGAAGGAAGUUUUGGAAUCAUUUACGAAGGCACCAAUCUGCUCAACAAUCUACAAGUGGCCAUUAAAUUUGAACCAAGAAAGAGCGAUGCACCGCAACUCCGUGAGGAAUACAGAGCCUACAAGACCUUAUUGAACAUCACUGGUAUUCCGUCUGCCUAUUAUUUCGGUCAAGAGGGAUUACAUAAUAUCCUCGUCAUUGAUCUUCUGGGUCCCAGUCUCGAGGAUUUGUUUGAUACAUGCUCAAGAAAGUUCAGUGUAAAGACUGUUGCGACAUUGGCCCGACAUAUGAUUACUCGUAUCCAGAGUGUCCAUGAUAACAAUCUGAUAUACCGUGAUAUCAAACCCGAUAACUUUCUUAUUGGUCGACAAGGAACCUCGGAUGCCAACACGGUGUAUUUGAUCGAUUUUGGUAUGGCUAAACAGUAUAGAGAUCCCAAGACAAAGCAGCAUAUUCCCUACCGCGAAAGAAAAAGCCUUUCAGGAACAGCAAGAUACAUGAGUAUCAAUACUCAUUUGGGGAGAGAACAAUCGAGAAGAGAUGAUUUGGAAUCGCUUGGCCAUGUAUUCAUGUACUUUUUGAGAGGGUCAUUGCCCUGGCAAGGAUUGAAGGCUGCUACCAACAAGCAAAAGUAUGAGAAAAUUGGAGAGAAAAAACAGACUACCACCAUCAAAGAUUUGUGUGCUGGAUUUCCAGAGGAAUUUGGCAUCUACCUUCAGUAUGUUCGUAAACUAGGAUUUGAAGAGACGCCUGAUUACGACUUUUUACGAGAUUUAUUCACCAAAGUGCUGAAGAAUCAUGGAGACACAGACAACGAGAUUUACGAUUGGAUGUUAUUGAACAAUGGCAGAGGUUUAGAAAAGAGAUCAUCACGCCAUCAAUCGCAGCGUCAAACAGCCAUGGGUAUUCGCAAUCCUACCGAUGGACAUCCUUCUCAACAGCAACAGCAACAACAGCAAGCACCUGUUGCACAACAAACAGAGAACCCAUAUGGUCGCACUCAACCACCGAUGAAUGUGAAUCCUCCCCCCAAUCUUACUGGUGGCGGCCAUGAGUAUGAUGAUGCUUCACGGAAAAAGGGCUUUUGGCAACAAUUUAUAUCCUUUGUUACAUGUGGAUUAUUCUCAUGUCUUUAA